AUGGGGCGGUUGUGGCUCUCCCUCCUCAUCCUCGCUGCGCUCUUUGGCCCCGCGGCCCCGCAAGAAACAAUGAGCGCCAAGAUCUGGGCACAGCCACCAGCACCCACCAAGUACCACCAGGCGAUGCUGAUCUGCGAAGUCACCAGAGACCGUGGCCCCCAGGAGUUCCUGUGGGAGAAGCAAGGAAGCCCAGUUCCCCUGCAGAAAGGCCCAGACAGCAUCCUGCUCAUCCCCUCUGUCAACAGCACCCACGUGGGCACCUACACCUGCACGGUCACCAGCACCCAGGGCAGGGCUGUGGCCAGCUACACCCUGUGGCUAAAUGACCUGAGGAGCUCGGUGUUUGUGUUCCCCCAAGAGUCCAAAACUGCCCACGUGCAGGUGACAGUGGAGCUGGAGCUACCCCUGAACAAUUUCACCGUGUGCCUGAGGUCCUUCACCGACCUCACACGGCCCUACAGCCUCUUCUCCUAUGCCACCAAAAAACAGAGCAACGAGAUCCUCCUCUUCAAGCCCAAACCUGGCCAGUAUGAGCUUAUCGUGGGGGACAAGGCCUUGUCCUUCACAGUGCCAAUAAGUCUGGGGGAGAGCGAGCACAUCUGCUUCAGCUGGGAAUCCUCCACGGGCAUCGUGGGGUUCUGGUUCAACGGGAAGCCCUGGCCGAGGAAAGGGCUGCAGAAGGGCUACACGGUGGGAGUGCCAGCCUACAUCGUGCUGGGACAAGACCAGGACAGUUUUGGGGGCAGCUUUGAUGCCCAGCAGUCCUUCGUGGGAGAGAUUUCGUCCGUGUACAUGUGGGACACAGGGAUCUCCAACUCGGGGGUGAUGUCAGCCAUGUACGACAGCCCCAACCAAACCCCCAUCUUUGGCUGGAGGAACUUCCCCUACGAGAUCGUGGGAGAGGUGUACCUGAAGCCCUGA